CCCGACAACGACGCUAGCACUGUCAUGUUGGCGUGCAGAGUAAACACGACACACAACAACUGCGACCUGACCUCAUCCACCAACACCCAGCGAACACCCAACGACCGACACGACAACAUCCCACACUGCGCCGCGACUCCUGAUCUAGCAUUGUUACACCGCACGCAGACUUCACCGACGACCUGAUUGCAGCCCGCCUCCCAAAUCUCACUGCGCAAAGUCUCGACAUAUCACAAGCAUUGCCCCUCACCACCCGACUUUGGCUAUGUCAUCUUGACCUACUCGCCCAUUAAGCGCCAACAACAUGAGCAAUCCGCCUUCCUCGCCCUUCCGCCACGGCACUACUGUCGACCAAGAACUCGCCUACUACAAGGCACAAUAUGAACAACUGGAAGUCGAAUUACAGGAGUUCCAACAAUCCAGUAGAGAACUUGAAGCCGAGCUCGAGAAAGAUGUCGAGGCAUCGGAGAAGAGAGAGCGAAAGUUGAAAGAACGAGUCGAGAGUCUGGGCUUCGAGGUUGAAGAAUGGAAGACCAAGUACAAACAAUCGAAGAUAGAGGCGAACUCGGCCCAGACCAAACUGCAGAAAGAGAUCACAACCAUGCGCGAGACCAAUCGGACGCUACAACUCAAGCUCAGAGACAUCGAAGUUGACAAUGACGACUACGAGCGUCAGGCCCGCAACACAACGUCAUCGCUAGAAGAGCUCGAAUCGAAGUACAAUGUCGCAAUUGAGAGAGGCGUCUUGAUGGAGGAAGAGAUGCGCGCCGGCGAGCAGGAGCGAGAAGACUUGCGCAUCCAAACCCAACGACUUCGUGACGAGUUGUCCGACCUUCGCAUCGAGGCAGACAUCACGCGCGAGAAACUUCGUCUGUCAGAGACUGGAUCACGCAGAUACCGCGACCUCACCCCUGUACGACGUCCAUCCGCACUGCACGCUCGCUCGCCUACCUCGUCGCGAACUGCUGCUUCAUCACCCACUGUCUCCACUCCUCCACCUGUCAGAUCCGAAGUAUCAACACUCUCAGACACGCCCACUCCUCCAUCUCCGCCUCUCUCCGACGCCUCCGGCAACCCGAUAUCCAAGAUGCUUCCUCCACCCAGAAAGACUCCCCUUGUGCCGGACACGACUUCGACACCUCGCGCUACUCUCAAUGUGAACGCACUCAAACCUGCUCGCCACUCACGCGGUCCGUCUUUCGCGACCGCAACCACUCCUACCACCAAACGACGCACUACUCUCCAAUCAAGACCCAGUGUGGGCUCAGAAGGUGUACCGAGAUCGAGCUCAUUAUAUCAGAUCAAGGGCUUGAUCGGCAGAAUGCAAAAGAUUGAAGAAAGAGUACACUCAGUACGCUCAAAGCUGCCACCCCAAAACUCAAAUACUCCGAGAGCGGCAACUACACCAAAAGGAUCGCCACGAAUAAGCGCGCUCACAGGCGGUGCGUUCGUACCCGGUAGCGUUACUGUUAGGAACAGAAACAACCGCACAAGUAAUAGCACGAGCUCGUCCACAAGGCAAGAAGACAGCUAUCUACCGCCACCAACGCCGAGAUCCACAAGCACAAGUAUACACGUCAAACAACUGUCACUCAAUGGACAGCGACCGCAUCCACUUGAACGGUCAAGCACAUCUAUCACAUCAACAUCUACAGCCACGCGAGAGUACAGCCGUCCAAGCAGCCGGGCCAACAAUGUCGGAGAGACAGGCUCCUUUGCUCGACCUCCGUCACGCUCUGGCAACACAUCAUAUGGCCAAUCACAAACUUCGACUCUUCCUUCACGGCCUCGCACUUCGAUGGGAGGAACUUUCGCAUCAUCACAGCGCAAUCGUGUGCAUCGACAAUCUAACAGUGUGUCGGAAGCGAGAGAGGCUGAAGAAGUCGUCACGCCUACUAUCAAAAGAACAGUGACAACAAUCGGAGGAAGUGGCAUACCGACUCCAGGUAUGAAACGGCAAAGCGGAACAGGCUUCGGGAACAGCGUUUCUGGCCGCCGGUCAAGCCUUGCGCCAAGUCACCAGUCGCAACAAUCUUACGAUGGCGCGUCAGACAAGUCAUCUCGCAAGCUGAGCGACUUGGGAGAGACAUUCUAGUCAUGAUUACGACCUUUGCUUUUUAAUGUUGCACGCACAAUGUUGCAGGUGUCAGGGAGGCUCAAUAUAUUAUUGUUGUACAUGUCGCUGUAUACACCUUUACUGUCGAUACGGUUUCUAUCCUGCAGUAGAAAGUUUCAUGAAUUAAUGCACCUACCCGCUCCUCCCUCUGGCAGUGGUGAGAAAUUCUCCGAAACCCGAGUUUCCGAG